AGCUGGAUGUCAUUCUACAGCAAAACUGCCUUGUUAUAUAGCUUUAUACAUUACAUAGCUUUUAUUUGGUCAUGUUAUAUAUAUAUAUAUGAGAUAAUACAUUUGUAUUUUUCCCUAUAUUUAUAUUAUAAACCAGUGCUUCUCAACUUUUUAACAGCCAAAAUAUUAAACAUAAGUUAUAGCGAAGCUUUUUAAAACUACAUUUCACAUAACUUUAGUAAAUGCACAAUAAAUUAAUUUAUCAUUUUCAUAAAAGAAUCAAAAGAAUUUGUGAACCACUGUAGUGGGCGACCCAACGAAAUCAAACGGUGACCCAGGGGUUGACAAGCACAGCCAAAGCACAUCAUAAAAUAUAAAAAGUUUUUAACCCAUGUAAAUCUGAAGGCAUUUAAUUCCACCCCACCCACUGCAGAACUAACAUUUUUGCUGCUGAUCUAGAUAUGUUUUAUGUUAAUUUACAAUUGGUCUAAUUGGUUGAAUUUGUUUGUUUUAUUUAUUCCAUUCUACUGUAGUUAUAAAGUUAAAGUAUUCUUCUUUUCUUUUCCAUUUUAAAGGUUUAUUUAUGGGAAUGCAAUGAGUAGAAAUUUAAAGAUUUUUAUUUUUUGUAAAUGAUGUUAUAAACCCACUUGAAACACCGUUUAUUAUUGUUUUCGUCUUUUUAAAAUUUACUGUCGCAUAUGUAAUUGUGCAUGUGCUGAAUGCUAUUUCUAUGUGCUGUGGUCGUUUAUAUCUCAUUCGUAUGUUACAGAUAUUUAAAAUGAAAGUUAAAAUAAAGAAAUGGUUUUCAGUAGCAAGCUGGCACUGGCAAGCAUCGGAUGAAACUUGUGGGAUUUGUCGUUACGCGUUCGAGGCUUGUUGCUCCAACUGUCGUACCGCUGGAGAUGACUGCCCUAUAGUAUGGGGGCAAUGCACACACUGCUUCCACAUGCACUGUAUAUUGAAGUGGCUUCACUCACAGCAGAUGAACCAGCAGUGCCCGAUGUGCCGACAGGAAUGGAAAUUUAAAGAAGUUUGAACGAUCACUUGUAUUUGUGGUACUUGGAACAUUUAAAAUACUGAAGUCUACUCCCCAUUUCGUAUUCUACUCAUCGUAGUUCGAUAAAGUUUUAAAAUUUAAGAUGAUAGCAACAAUAUUGAUGGAUACAUGGAAUAUUUGAAAUACUUCUGGUCUACAUUAUAAUUUAGAUUCUACUUGUCAGAAUGUGGAGGAGUUAAAUACGCUGCAACAGUAUAAUGUUGAAGAGACAAGAUAAGGAACUUUAGAAGUGAUCACUACAAUAUGAGGAUCAGUUGAAUUUAUAUUUAUCUAUUUUUGUUACAUUCAAAGGAGUUUUUACACUAUUGUCAUGCUUUACUAUUUUCUAUUGUCGGGGUCCUACUGCGUGGCAUGCCAUGAGAUAGGGAAUUAAGGCCAUAGCUGGUCCAUUAUAUGAGCAUUACUCAUCAAUGAUAGAUAUUUUGUUUUCUUGACUUUCUAAGCUCUAAGCAAUGGGUCUGUAUAUCAGAGUUGACCCAUUAGAACACUUAUUACAAUAUGGGCUUAAGAUUUAAACUGGAAUUUGCUCAUUAAUCAUUAUAUUAUGAACUUAGUUACAUAUAGAUGCCUUUGAGUUGCUAUGAUCCAAGCCAUGGGUCAGUGGUUCCGAGUUGACCCAUCACCCAGGAUUUAUAUAUAUUCACUUUUAUAUAUUCCAACCCAAGGGUGCGUGUAGGUUUAAUUAUAUAUUGGUGGCAACCAACAUGAUGGAAAUAAACGGACAACCAAGUCCUGAAAAGCUGAAGGUAUUGCUGGCUUGCUUUGAAACUGGACUUCAUAAAAUUAAAGUCAACUCUAAACCAGGUUCUGCAUUAUCAGUGAGACUUGAUAAUGAGAUUGAAUUCACCUCAUCCAAUGCUGCUGUUAGAUACACUUAUGAAACACAAGGUGUUAAAGUAGACGUUGAAACAUUGCAUUGGUUUGAAUGGGAGGUCACAAUACUAAGGAAACUUGUGGGAAGUUACUUCAGUUUAUCCGACAAGAAGAUUUUGAACAUCAAUGAAUUCCCAAACCUCAUUUCUUCGUUGCAAUAUUUAGAAAAUUCAAUCAACUCAGGAAAGCUGGAGUGUGACUUCAGUACUAAAAUCUCGGCUGCUAACUGUGUCAUCUUCUGUACCAUCUCGCCCCUCUUUUGCAACCCUGGUAUAGAAGGGGAAUUCCCUGUCCUGAGAAAACAUUUUGCUAUCUUUAUGAAUCGAGGAUCGUUUAGAUCGGCGUGGAAGGAAGUUACCGGGGGUGAGGGGAGGCUCGCGUUCCAGGCGUAUUUUGCUGCCACUAAAGCCCAGUGGAAAGAAACCAAACCAAUCAUUUCAACUGAAACGUCAAAACCAACUGAACCAAACAAUUCUUCAAAGGAAGUUGUAAGCGAAGAUGAAAUUGAAGCUGCAAGGAAAAGUUGGGACUCGUGUAAUGUGCAGACAGCCAAGCCAAGAGUGCACCCCGUACUUCCAAAGGAAGGCGAGAAAAACAUCUUAAUCACGAGCGCUCUACCCUACGUUAACAACGUCCCUCACCUGGGCAACAUUAUCGGGUGUGUGUUGAGUGCCGAUGUCUUUUCAAGAUAUUGUCGCUUACGGGGUUGGAACGUCCUUUAUAUUUGCGGCACAGAUGAAUAUGGCACGGCAACUGAAACUAAAGCUGCACAAGAGGGAGUGACGCCCAAGGAGAUAUGCGACAAGUACCAUAAGAUCCACUCCGAGGUUUACGAAUGGUUUAGUAUCGGCUUCGAUUACUUUGGCAGGACAACUACUGAGUGUCAAACAAAAAUUGCGCAAGAUAUAUUCUGGCACCUGCAUCGCAACAAUCACCUUAUUAAACAAACGGUUGAACAACUCUACUGUGGGCGGUGUGAAAGGUUUCUGGCUGACAGGUUUGUGGAGGGCACGUGUCCAUUAUGUGCGUUUGAAGAUGCACGAGGGGACCAAUGUGAUAAAUGUGGAAAGUUGAUUAAUGCUGUGGAAUUAAAGAGUCCUAAAUGCAAGAUGUGUAGCGACACACCAGCCAUAAGGACGUCGGAACAUUUGUUCGUGGAUCUUUCGAAGUUGGAGCCAAAGUUACGAAGGUGUUUACAAGAAUCAUUCAAAGGGGAGGGGUGGUCCAAUAAUGCAAAGACGAUAACUGAAACAUGGUUAAGAGAUGGCCUCAAACCAAGGUGUAUAACUAGGGAUCUAAAAUGGGGGACGCCGGUCCCACUGGAAGGGUUUACUGAUAAAGUAUUUUACGUUUGGUUUGACGCCCCUAUUGGUUACUUAUCCAUCACAGCCAACUAUACCGAUAAAUGGGAGUUAUGGUGGAAGAACCCCAAGAAUGUACAGUUGUACAACUUCAUGGCGAAGGACAACGUUCCCUUCCACAGCGUUGUGUUCCCAUCUUGUUUACUUGGUACUGAUGAUGAAUAUACAAUUGUGAACCAUCUUAAUGCUACAGAAUAUUUAAAUUAUGAAGAAGGAAAGUUUUCCAAGAGUCGUGGAGUUGGUGUGUUUGGUGAUCACGCUUCCAAGACCAAUAUAGAUUCUGACAUCUGGAGGUUCUACCUCUUAUCCAUGAGACCUGAAGGACAAGACACCCACUUCAGCUGGAGUGAUUUCUUACUCAAGAAUAAUUCUGAACUCCUGAACAAUCUUGGCAACUUUAUCAAUAGAUCAUUGAAGUUCGUAUCGAACGCAUACGGAGGUGUCGUUCCUGAUCCAGUUCUCAACAAUACCGACCUUGAACUACUAGCAUUGGUUAACAGGGAGCUUAAAGAUUAUGUUACGGACAUGGAUAAACUAAAGAUCCGUGACAACCUGCGUAGGAUCCUGAGCAUAUCAAGGUUGGGGAAUCAAUAUCUACAGGAGAACCAACCUUGGAAGUUAAUUAAGGGAAGCAAUGAUGAUAAAUCUCGUGCCUCCACCGUCACCUCCAUAGCAGCGAACCUCUCCUGCCUCCUCUGCAUCCUCAUCCACCCGUAUAUGCCACAAACAUCUUCUAUCAUACAGGAUCAACUCAACCUCCGAGGAGGAUAUUUGAUCCCGGAUGCGAUCACAAGGAUGUUGCCAUCCGGACAUAAGAUCAACAAGCCCUCCCCUUUGUUCCGUAAGUUGGAAGAAGCCGAGAUCGAGGAAUACAAAGCUAAGUAUCGAGGUAGAGAGGAUGGGAAGAAGGAGGUCGCUAAGGUGGAGGUUGGGGAUUGUAAAGGUUUGGAGGAAGAAGUGCUGAAACAGGGUAACUUGGUUCGGGAACUUAAAACUGCCAAAGCUGAGAAACUUGAAAUAGAGAGAGAAGUCUCAAAGUUGUUGGAAUUAAAGAAGAAGUUAUCUCUCUUAAAAGGAGAGGAACCUGUGCAAAAGAAAAAGGGGAAAAAGAAGAAGAAAUAAAGAGAUUAAUAAUGAAAUUUACUUUCUCAUGUUAUUGCCUUUUUCUAUCUUUCUCUUUUUUACCUUUCGCCUCAAGAAUAGGAGAGAAGUAAAAGUUUUUGCAAAGAUUUUUGGGAAAUAUGGUUAAAGUUCAAUUAUUGCUGCUGUGUUUGUAGGAAAUCAUGCUUGUGGUGAACUAAUGUACUAAAGGAAUUGAAUAAAUUGGGAAAUAACAAAA